UAAUUUCUAAAUAUGGGGGACUGGAAUCUAUUGGGCAGUAUCCUAGAGGAAGUUCACUCCCACUCGACCAUAGUGGGGAAAAUCUGGCUGACCAUUCUCUUCAUCUUCCGUAUGCUGGUACUUGGUGUGGCUGCUGAGGAUGUCUGGGAUGAUGAGCAGUCAGCAUUUGCCUGCAAUACUCAGCAACCAGGUUGCAACAAUAUCUGUUAUGAUGAUGCUUUUCCUAUCUCUUUGAUCAGAUUCUGGGUUUUACAGAUCAUAUUUGUGUCUUCUCCUUCUCUGGUAUACAUGGGCCAUGCACUUUAUAGACUUAGAGACUUUGAGAAAGAGAGGCAGAGGAAAAAGUCAUACCUCAGAAUGCAAAUGGAGAAUCCAGAUCUUGACCUGGAGGAGCAACAAAGGAUAGACAGGGAACUGAGGAGACUGGAGGAACAGAAGAGGAUCCAUAAAGUCCCUCUGAAAGGAUGCCUGCUACGUACUUAUGUCUUACACAUUUUGACCAGAUCUGUGCUAGAAGUAGGGUUUAUGAUAGGCCAAUAUAUUCUCUAUGGGUUUCAAAUGCAACCCCUUUACAAAUGCACCCAACCUCCUUGCCCUAACUCAGUGGAUUGUUUUGUAUCUAGGCCCACAGAGAAGACCAUUUUCAUGCUAUUUAUGCACAGUAUUGCAGCCAUCUCCUUGUUACUGAAUAUACUGGAAAUAUUUCAUCUUGGUAUCAGGAAAAUCAUGAGGGCACUUUAUGAUCAAUCCAGCAGUGGAGAUAUUGAGAAUGAAAGAGGUCCUCCAUUUCAUUUGAAGAACUAUUCAGGGAUCCAGCAGUGUACGAUUUGCUCUUACUUACCUGAAAGAACUUCUUUACUUCAAGCCAACAACCAACAGCAGGUAACCCAAAUCACUGCGCCAAAAUCUAAAACCAUGUGGCAUAUCCCACAGCCUAGGCAACUUGAAGUUGAUUUUUCCUGCAGCAAAAAAGACUGGUCCGAGAAGGAUCAGAACAAUGGACAGCUCCAUGCCCACAGCCCACGUUUCCAGAACGGCUGUACCGGGAUUCAGCACCAGGGACAGCAACCAAACAAUUCCUCCCCUAGCCUACAGAACAUAAAGUCCCAGUCCUGGGUAGGUACGGUAAUGGCUUCUAGACACCGUCCAUCCUAUAUAUCAGGAACAUGGGAGCAAUCUCAGGACUUGGCGCUCUCAGGUGAACCUGUUACAGAUCUGCACCGUCACUGGAGAGACAGUGAGGGCAGUUUGAGAGAGAGUGGGGCCUGGAGGGAAAGAUCUCACCCGGGCAGUCGCAAGGCCAGUUUUCUUUCCAGAAGGAUGUCUGAGAAGGGACAGCUGCGCAGUGACUCAAGAAGCUCCAGUUCUCUGAAUAGCUCUUGCUUGGAUUUUCCACACCGGGAAAACAGCCCCUCUUCUCUGCCCUCAUCCACUGGGCACAGAGCAUCAAUGGUAUAAAGACAGACAGCCAUAAUGAUUACAGAAUGGUCACAAAAGCUGACCUUCUCUGGCUACCUCUUUGCCUUUCUUCCUCCCUGGAGUAUAUACACAUGUGCUAAGAAAGAAGAUGUAGAAUGGACUUAA